AGCUGGAGGAUGAUGUGGGUGAUCUUGAGAAUGCUGUUCCAGCAAAUAAGCCAUCUGUUGUUCUUUUUAUCGAUAGAUCGUCUGACUCGUUGAAGAUUAGAAAAAAUAGCAGGAAGGCUCUUGAUUCUUUUAGAGAGUUCGCCCUGAAGGUUCAGAUGUCAAAUGAAAUGAGUGAACUAAAAGCAUUCGGAUCACAAAAGACAUCUUUCAAUGCUUUUCAAGGAUCAAGAAGUACUUCUAGACACCCUAAAGUGGGGCUGUUGACAGCAUCUCAAAAGAUAAAUGUUAAUGACAAGAUGUCAAUUGUUGUAAUGAAUCAGGGGAAACAAGUCAUCCUAGAAGAUCUGGUUUCUGGUUUACAAGGCAGUACAUUGCAUGAAAUCUUGACAUAUGCGCUUCAGCAAAAGAAGGAAGUGAAAUUGAGCUCACUUGCGAAAGAAGCAGGAUUUCAACUUCUAUCUGAAGAUUUUGACAUCAAAACUGCUCAAGCUUUACCAGGUCAAACAGGAUUUCAGUCAAACAGGGUUUCAGAGAUCCUUGUGGAAGGUGUUUCUGAAGGUAUUAUUAAUCCCGAUAGAAAAACAAUGCUGCUUGAAGAUACCAUAGUGGGGAAGCUAUACAAUGAACAAGCUGAAUCAAAUGAAGCCAAGUCUUCUCAUGUUUGCCCAAAAGAUUCUGAAACUAUAUUGGUGCUCACAGAACUUCAGUCAGAUCAACUUUGUCCUUUAGAAGGUAUUCCAGAAGAACCUACUGAUUCAGGUAUGGAUCCAAUGCUGCAUGUUGAGGACGGGAAGCACAUCGUACAAUCAAACCCUAUUAGUAAUGAAUUGGCUCAGCAAAAUGAUGAGAAGAAUUUCCUUGAAGAUGAAAGUUCACAAAUAUCUGAAAAAUUUGGUCAUGAUGAUAUGAAGAAGGUCGCUGACAACCCUAGUGCAGAGGAAACAAUCAAGGAGCUGGAUGAGCAGAAAGAAAAUGAAUACUUCAGAGAGGCUCCAAUUCCACCAUUUGUUAAUCUGGAUUUUCAUGAGGCUGAUUCUAUCCCUCGACUGACGGGGCAUAUGUUCAAUGAGCUGGUCCUUGAUAAUCAGUCUGAUUCCAAAAAUUCUGGUAGUUCUCGAGAUAAAGAUAUUUUAGUUCUUUUCAGCAAUAGCUGGUGUGGUUUUUGCCAGAGGAUGGAACUAGUUGUUCGUGAAGCAUACCGUGCAAUCAAGGCGUAUAAUAAAACCCUGAGGGAUGGGUUUAAGAAUGAGAAACUCUCGUUGAAUGGGG